AUGGAGGUCUUCGCCUUGUCGCCGCCGGUCCCCGUCUUCCCGUCACGCCAUUCCUCUCUCUCGGUCGCUGCCACUACUUCCCUUCCUGCGGGGGCCAGGAAGAACCAGAGGGUUAUCCGUGUCCCUGCAUCGUCCGGGACCGACAGGUAUCAUAUUUCUGGUUCGGGUGCAUCUCGUUCUUCCCAAUCUUCGUCUCUUGAUGUUACCAAAACCGACGGGAAGAGGAAUCCUGCCACUCCGGUUAAUUCCUCCAGACAGGAUGCUGUUGCAGAAGUAAUUCAGUCGCCUGAUUGGGUGUCCGCGCUCAGCAGGUCCUUCACUCUCUUCCCUCACGCAUCACCCCAGUUAUUUAUUUACAGUCUCGACGUCAGUCGUAAAUGAUCGAAACAGUUAUUUCUAUUUCUAUCUAAAUUUUGGGUAUCAAGGCGCGGUCGACUUUUUUUCUCAAUGCUCGAAGACUUGUGUUGGGAAGUUGCCUCGACACUGCUGAUACCGGUGGAGAUAGAGACAUCUCCGCAAUCGGCGAAGAUAGUGGAUUAAAUGAAAUCAGAAGAAAAUGAUGAGACUUAUGCUUUCUUAGGCUCAGGCUAGAUAUUGGAAUUAAGAACAAGUGAAGAUAGAGAUACGGAAAAUUUGUUACCGUUUAAACGUUGCAAUGAGGUCAAGUUUUUCGAAUGUUUCUAUGUUAGGAACUAAUGACCAACGUGGAAUGACUAAUCCACCUGAUGUGCUUAUGGAUGGCUGCCUCAAAUGGAUUGUCAGGUGGUCUUAACAGUCAGACAGUCUUCUGUCAUAUAAGCGGUCUAAAGAUUUUGCACUGGCUAAAACUCUAUCCUAUUUCUCUCUGGUCAGACACACACCCACACACCCACCCACAUAUAUAUAUCUAUAUCUAUAUAUAUAUAUAUAUAUAUAUGCGGUUGUGUGAAUGUAUAUAGGACGCACGCCUGAAUCUUAUAUUGACUGACCUCCCUAGAACUUGGAAUCGGGAACGGUAUCUCUGUUCCAUAUGGAUGUAACCUUUGAUAGAUUGAAGUGGAUCAUCUGGAGGUUUCUUUUAGACAGGACUCUCACCACGAAAUAAUUUUAACGCUGUGAUUCCUUUCUUUUGGUGUCCAAAGAAUUUUCUUUUAAAAAAAUAUUUUGGUGUUUUUAAAAUUUUCUAUAGCACGGAGUUCUUACUUGGCACUAUAUUUUUCUUAUCUCUAUAAUGCAUUAAAGUCUUACUAUUUUUUAUCGGGCGUCUCAAAACUGUCUUAAAUCCGUCAUUCUUUUAGAUGCUCCAAUCGUAGAAACUAGUGAACACUGGGAAAAUAAAUUCGAUAGCAAGUAGGGUGUUUAACGGUAGUAUUUAUUGGAAAAUUUAUAAUAACUGGAGAGGGAAAGGAAAUGGAAUGUGCUUGUUCAAUGGAUUCUGGAUAUUCUUUUGGUAUUAAAAUAAGUAAAAUGAUGUGUGCAUGUAAAAGAUCUCAAGAAACAUUGCUCACAAGAGCAAGUCUGCAAUAAGAUGACGUCAAUAAUUUAUGAACCUAAUAUUCCUAUAAUGGUGGAAACCCCCUCGUCCUAAUCACAAAUCAUUCUCGCACACUCUGUCACCCUUGCAUAAAGUUUUAAACCGCUGUAAAGAGAAUAGCGGCAUUGGUUGGAGGAUCUAAGUGCUGGUCACCCUCUUUGCAACAAAAAAUUAGAACCAGCUGGCUGCUUCAUUCGUCUUAUACUGUGUCAUUCUUAUUGCUCUUUCCUCCUGGAUUUAUUGAAAAACCUCUCAGCGAGAAGAUUAUUGAUCUUUUCCAGUGCUCCAGGUUGGAGACAAAGUUGCAAGUGCAGGAUUUGAACAUUAUUUUGCGUUUUUUUGGGAAGUCAAAAAGGUGGCAGGAUGUUUCUCAGGUUAGGGAUGUGGACAAGUUUUUUUCUGCACUUUUAUUAAACAUCCUUUGAACCGUCUCCCUCUCCUAAAUUUAUGGACGGGAUUCUCAUUCCCUUCUUUUUUUUCUGUGGACCAGGAUACUUUUUGGAGAAAUUUAUGUAAAUUUUGCCUUGAACUCUCUCCAAUAAAUAUUCCGAUUUAUAGAGACGGAUACGUGUAUAAUUUGUUUUCCUUUAUGAUUAGAUCGUUAUUGCAGUGUUUUCCAAUGCAUUGACCCCCUCUGUCAUGCCUCUGACACAUGACAAUAAGUUAGUAACUACCCUCAGAGAAAUUGUUUAUGUCAUGCUAAAAAAUCAAAUGUACGUAGAAAGAUGGCUGGGAAGUAAGAGAAUGGGACAUGAACAGAAGGUCUGAGGCAUGAGGAUUUUGGUGAAUUGGCAAUGAAUACUGAGUACCCACUUAGUAAUCCACACAGAAGGAAGCUCUUCUGAAUUCCAAUAUUUCUUGCACAAUGUUCUAAUAGUUCUGUUUUCCAGAUACGCUUACUUUGCAAUUAUGUCACUUUUCUUAAAUAGAUCUUAUCCAUGUGUAUGGAGGGAUAUUAUUAAGUUGUAAUACUUAAUUAUCUGUUUGCUGUUUUUCAGCUUUUUAAUUGGAUGCAGGAGCGCGAGAUGACCAAUAUUGCCUCAUACAGCAGCUUUAUGAAAUACAUGGGAGAAAGUCGCAAUCUUAUUAGAGCCUUACAUGUCUACAGUAGUAUUGAGGAUGAAUCUACAAGAAAUAACGUUUCCAUAUGUAAUUCUCUGCUGGGUUGUAUGCUGAAGGACAGGAAGUUUGAAAGCUGCAUCAAAAUGUUUAAUCAGAUGAAGGAAAAUGGCCUGGUGCCAGAUUUGUUCACUUACAGUAUAGUAACUCUCUUUAUCUCUAUAUGGUUUUAAUUUUAAUGAUUUCUGUUGACUUUAGUUUUAUUUUUUGUACUUCGGUUCUUUGAUCUUUGAUAAAAUGCUUUUUAAAACUACACUUCUCAUGAUAUUAUCAUUGUAAUUUUCUAGCUUCUGGCUGGCUGCGCUAAAGUUGAGCAUGGCUAUUCCCAGGCACUUGAAUUAGUAGAGGAACUUGAAAGCAGAGGAUUACACAUGGACAAUGUAAUCUAUGGAACUCUCUUGGCUAUUUGCGCUUCGCAUAAUUUAUGUGAAGAAGCAGAACGGUUUUUUCAGCAAAUGAAUGCUGAAGGGCUUUCCCCAAAUUUAUUCCAUUACAGCUCCUUGCUAAAUGCAUACUCAGUUGAUGGAGACCACAAGAAGGCUGAUGAAAUUGUAAAAAGUAUGAAAUCUGCUGGAUUGGUCCCCAAUAAGGUUAGCUUAUCAUUCAUCUUCUGUAUAUAGCUCUUUUCACAUUUUUUUGUGAAUUUCCUUCCAAAAUUUGUUUUGCAGGCUGUGUUUUCAUUAGGUGGUCUUCGUUGCACGAUAAUUAAUUUUCCUUUCUUUUUACGGUGUAUAUUUACCAGAAUCCCCAAAAGCAAGUCAGAUUAGUUUUUUUUUCUGUGAGCAUUAUUUUGUGGGAAAAUAAGUCAAAGAGGAUAAGGAGCUCAUACUAAAAAAUAUUUCCAGAGUGAAAGACUUAUAAUGAAUGGUAUCAACACAAAGGAAUUUUCCUUGUUGAGAAUAAUGAGCAAACUGAAGGACUACUACAAGGAAACAGAAAUAUUACUGCCUCCAGAUUUCAGCACACUGCUGAUGCAAUUGAAUGUUUGAGUGUCAAAACGGAUGAGAAAGCCAAAUAGGACAUUUUUGUGGUGAGCAGGUUGUUCGUUGCAUCCAAGAGAGGUUUAAUGAAAAAUUGUCCUGGUACCAGUACUUGACAGAAAUGGUUAUAUCAUUAUGCAAUGAAGUUUGGUGGAAUGGCAGUAAGGACUAGUAAAUUGAAAAAAGAUAUUGAUCAUUAAUUGUUGGCUGAUUUCCUUCAUGCAUUCCUUCUCUCUUUCCUUUGUUUGGGCAUCUAUACUCUUAUCUUGAGAUUAAAGGUCAACCUUUGAAUUUCCCAAAAAUCUUAUCGUUCUUCAGGUGAUCUUGACUACAUUAUUGAAGGUGUACGUUCGAGGUGGCCUGCUUGAGAGAUCGAGAGAAUUGUUAAUUGACUUGGAGAAUCUGGGAUAUGCUGAGGACGAGGUAAAUAAAUGCCACAGACUUUUCUUUACCGUGGAAAGUAAUAACCACUGUUAGCGAAAGAAAACAACAAUAUAUAAAAAAUUUCCAAUCAAUUUUAGCAUUUAGUUCUUACUUUAUAAUGGGCUAGUUUCUUAUAAAGAUAUCUUUGUUCACCGUGAAAAAGCGUAAGUACUAAUCUGUCUUUGAUUUGAGAUUUGUUUGGCCUUUGUGUUUUUAUUAGGUGAUACCAAAAGUAGCCUUCAUAAGUUUGAUAGGCAUUAUUGCUAUUGAGCCUGUCUAAUGGGUGGGGCAAUCUGUACGAAAUAUGUGAUCAGAGACAUGAAAGAACUCCUGUGAAUCUGGCAUAUAAUAAUCCAAAGCGUGUAGAUAAACUGAGAUUCGAGUGAGAAUGGAGCAACAUCUAGAAAAUCCUGGGUUCCAAGAAACAGGAUAUAGUAGAUGGAGUAGCAUCCAGGAAUUUUAAGCGCAGUGGAGAGGGUUACUUUCUCACACCGUUGGCGUCCCCACAUAUAACACUAUAAAUGAUUUAAUUGGGGCCAAAGUCUGCCUAAGUGUGUCAUAUCUAACAGGCAAAACAAAAAAAGAAGCAAUAACGAAACUGACCCUAUCAACAAAAAAUAGAAAAGAAGCAAUAAUGACUUUCCAACAUUUCUCAACAAAGCCUAUUCAAAAGGUGCCUGGAGAAGUCUUGGAGGAGUGUUGAAGAAAGAAAACUGAAGGGAAGCUUUUCUGUUGUCUACAAAAAAGGAAAGUGACUUGGAAAGAAAUAUCACAGGCUAUGUUAUGUAGUGUACAAAACUUUAUCUUCUCAUACUGGUCAUUCGCCUCUCGCCUAGUGUCAACAUCAUUUCAAUCUACUACUUGUAGAAGAAGUUUUGUGUGACAUCAACUGAUUCAAAGAUUUCUGUGCCGAAUAUUGGUAAACAAAUAAAAAAAGCCCACUGUUAAAAGUCCCCUGGUGGUCUUAAACUUAACAUUUGUGAAUGGUAGAGAACUCCAGUGGCCUACAACCUGACAUGCCAGCAGAACUCAUUGUAGCCUCAAAUUUGGGAAAAACUGUAAACCGAAAUAACAACUCACAAGCAGAAAUUGAUGACGGCUGUUAACUCCUAAUAGCUAGUUAACAGAAAGCUACCGCUGGUCUCAUCAUGAAAUAAAUAAUUGAGGAAAAAAAAACUGUGUUUUUAUCAAAUCAAAAUGGGCCAGCUUUUAUGGAACCGCCGGAUAGGCGAAAAGAUAGAGCUUGCUCUCCCUUGACUUGAAAAUGAACAUUAGAUAACUUGUUUUAUCAAUAAGUUUAUCUAAUAGAACUUAUUGGGGGCAACUACGUGCUGGUGUCCACCCAAUGACGAUUUACAAGUAAAAAGAUAACACCAAAGAUGAAUUUACGUGUUUCAAGAUAAAUUGAAUUUGCUCUUGUCGAAGGUUUUGGAACUCACCAGGUCUAGUUUUUACGAGAGAGUAAGCAUGCCGUUUCCAUAUAUGAAGACUACUGCAAAACGCAAGUGAAUACGCUGAAUAGAGAAGUAUAGAAAACAUGAGAGAUGGUUAUCCGUUUAUUACUUGUUUGAAAGUAGCAGACUAUUGUACUGUAUGUACAUGCCGCUAAAAACCGAGGAGUUCUAUUCUUUUGCCAGUUCAAUGGCGACACAGUAGAUAAUUUCACUUAGUGACCUUUGCGAUUCAAAGUUCAUCAUAAUGAGUGUGCAUCUAAGAUGCGCGAGUUCUGCAGGGUUGAAAAGAGCUAGCCUCCUGGCCAUUUCAUACAUUCGAAUGAGAUCUUACCAACUUACCAAUCAUUAACUGUUAAUCUGCAAUCAUGGAUAUUAAAAGUAAUGCUUGUCUAAAAUGUGCGAUCCUGUUUUUGAGUGAUGCAUAAAAAUCACAAAAUAAUAUUCACGUUCAAUCAGGAAUGAUAUAAUUACUUCUACAGAUGCAGAGGAGUCCAUGGAAAUAGUCUAGGGUCGUUGAUUGUACUUCUUUUAGUCACUAUUGAUUUAGAUUUCUUCCUUUCCAAUGACCUCUGGAAUCUUUAGUAUUUUUUUACUUUUUUUCUAGGCUUACUUAUUUCCUUUUUGCUUAGAUACCCUUUUGUUUAGUGAUGGACAACCUUGCAAAGAAAGGAGACGUGCGUGAAGCCAAGGCAAUCUUUGAUAAAAUGAAGGAAAAAAAAAUAAAAUCAGGUGAAAGUGAUUUGAAUUUUUCUAUGUUAUUAAUUUGAUUAACAUACAUUCGUUUUUAUUUUGCGAGUGGAAGAUUGUCAGUUUAUUUCUCUUUUGGUGAAUCAGGCCGUAAAUUACUGCAACUUCUAUAAUUCUGCAAGAUAACUUCGGUUGGUUUAUGAAAGACAAAAUAAGUCCAGUUCUGAUAUUUCCAGGAGUAAUAAAGCUUACAUUCAUAUCACCGUUCUUCAAUAACUUUUUCUAAAAUUUGGAACCUCCUUUAUGCAUCAGUAACAAUUUUAUAAAUUUAUUCUCUGGAAAAUCGGCUUAGCUCAUACCUUUCAUUCAUCCUAUACCCAAUAUUUAUGUUUCUUCUUGUUUCUUUGGAUUUUAUUUUGAUUUCUGCAAAAAAUAGGUUGGAGCAGUUUCUUCUUUGUUAUGCAUUUUAUUGCAUCAACUGGUAUAGUUUGGAAGUGGUGCCUGGAUCAUGUGUGUUUUUAUGGUUUUUCUCCGAUUCCCUCUUUAUUGUACGCUGCUAGUGAUUUACGCAUAUCCAUUGGUUCAUUUUGAAGUGUACCUUUGGAAGUCACUUGCUAAACGAGUUUUUUUUUCGGUGCCUUUGUUUGACAGGUGCAUUAGCUGCACCCUUUUUGUACGUUGUUUGAUGAAAUUACGAAGAAUUUCCCAGGUUAAUGAAAUUUUAAUUGGAAGUGCGCUUUUUCUCAUCAUGAAAAUCAUCUGAUGCUCUUCAAGACCUUCGUUGCUCAUGGAUGAUAUUUAUCUGCCUCAUUAUAAUUCUUUGUAAAUUUGUUGAUGUUGGCAUCCUUGGGUGGUGUUUGAAGACGAAAUGGUGAAACUUCGGUUUCAUUAGGUUCUUGCUUUAGCUUAGAGUUUUAAGCAGCGUAUCAGAUUUGUUUGAACCUUUGUCUGCAUGUGGCUGCAGAUGGUUAUUCCUAUAGUAUCAUGAUAUCUGCAUUCUGUCGAAAUGGGCAGUUGAAGGAAGCAAAAGAACUGGCAAGGGAAUACGAGACUAUCUAUGACAAGUAUGACUUAGUAAUGCUCAACACAUUGCUGAGGGCAUACUGCAAUGCUGGUGAAAUGGAAAAUGUGAUGCAAAUGCUAAGAAAGAUGGAUGCAUUAAAAAUUUCUCCAGAUUGGAAUACAUUUCAGAUUCUGGUCAAGUAUUUCCUCAAAGAAAAACUUUAUCAUCUUGCAUACCAGACGGUAGAGGACAUGCACAGUAAAGGGCACCAAGUGGGUGAGGUACUACGUGAGAUUUGGGAUCUGUUUCUUGUGUUUAUUUUUCAUAUUUCAUUUGGCUGCUCUGCGUUAGUUUCUACUUUUGCAUCAAUGUUGUCCAUGUAUGCGUUCCUCUUUAUUCUCAUAUUUUUAGUUUAUGCAUCAACAUCAUAGUCGAUAUUUGCUGCUCGGGCACAAACUUCACUGUCUUCUCUUUUCAUCUGAACCUGUCGUUUCUUUUGAUCAAACUUACAAAAUCCUUUUCUCCUUAUUUUUCAGGAACUUUGUUCUUCUUUGAUCUUAGAACUGGGAAAAUCUGGUGCCCCAUCUGAAGCAUUUUCAGUUUACAAUAUGUUGAGAUACAGCAAGACAACGCCACGCAAAUCCAUUCACGAGAAGAUGCUGAACAUCUUGAUCGGAGCGAAGCUUUUCAAGAAUGCCUACGUAGUGAUGAAGGUAUGGCCUGGUCGCAUGGAAUUAGUUUAACAUAGCAUUUCAUUUCUUUACAUGUUCUUCCUCUGUGAAGCGUAUUAUCAAAAUCAUCUAUGCUAUAGGAUAAUGCUGAAGACAUCUCGGCUCCCUCCUUGGACAAAUUCGCGUUUUCAUUCAUGCAAGCAGGCAACAUAAACAUGAUAAAUGAUGUUGUGAAAGCACUCCACCGUUGUGGGCGCAAAAUUGACGAGGUUUGCUUUUCGACCUUAUAUUUUUUUCUCUCCAGAGGCUUUUCUCACUGUAUCCACCACUUCUCUCAAUGUCUUCGAGACGCCAAGCCUACCAUGUUACCUUUAUCAAUGUUUUCCAAAUGACCAAUAACUCAUAUUAUUUUAAUAUGUAUCAUAUAUCAGCUAAUUAAAAGAAGGGCCAAUGCGCUGCCUGAUGUACUGUGGCCCACUUCACUAAUCACUCUGAGUUCAGCAGAUCAAACGCAGAACAGACUGGCGAAUUAAAUCUCAUCGUUCAUAAUAUUGAUGAUUUACUGUUCAACUGUUCCUCUAGGCAGUUGGAAGAACAAUAGUACCGGAGAUUUUCUUAUUUUCUUGUUUUCUUAUUACUGUUCAACCGGGCUGUUCCCGACUUUACCAUCUCAAUCGUGGCUACAUUCGUAUCACUUGUAGUAGUUGAAUUGACUUGGGUUGAGUUGAAGAUGAGAAUUUUUUCUUCAUUUUCUGGAUGCAAAUGGUCAGAACCCUCGUUCAUCCUCUAUUAAGUCAACCUUGUACGGCCAGCAGACAGACCAGUAUUUCCAGAUAAGAAAGUCAAAUACUUUCCCACGAUUUGUGGCUCGGAGUCAGAUGACACGUGUCUGAAGCAUCGUCAUAUUCACACCGCAUAUUCAAUAUGAAAUUACUCAUGCAUGCAAUUUUAUUUUAUUUUUUGUAUUUUUUUCCUUGCCUGUGCCACACCAAAUUGAAACUCGUUUAUGGAUAUCAGGACAUCUUCGUCCCCAUCUUCCAUCCCUCCAUUCAAAAAUCAUGUGAAACGCAUUUACGUCUCAGUCUUUGGAAGGAAAGCUGACUGGUUUUGGUGGGUGAUAUCCCAGGAAGUGCUUCACAUAGCUAUAUCGCGCUAUAUCGCGAGGCCCGAGAAGGAGGAGCUCCUUUUGCACUUGCUGAAAUGGAUGCCAGGACAAGGCUACACCUUGAACUCCUCAUCGAGAGACUUGCUCCUGAAGAACUCGCAUCUCUUUGGUCAACGUCAGCUCAUUGCGGAGAUCCUCGCCCAGCGAAAUCAGGGAUGA